CAACACACAGAAUCUUCGAAUAUCGACGCCUCAUGGCCAUGUCCAGCGCUACGGUCACGCCCUCAAUGCGAGCCGUCGGGUGGAAUGUUCACUUCACCAUAGGAAAUGACGAGGAUCCGGGCGCCUUCGCUGGGAUUUACCAAGCUGCGGGGAGCGACUUGGUGACCUUUCGCCACGUUUGCGACGAACUGCGCCUCUGCUUCGAGCUCCCAAACGAUACGGUGCGCAGCGAGAGCGGCGACGACAAUAAUAUUGAUCCUUGGGCUAGAAUUGCGUUCGCUUUGGCUGACCAUUUCGACUUUCCGAGCCCAUCACCGCUCUCCCCAUCCUUCGUGACAGAAGAACACCUUGAUCAACCCGUACCGAGUCUCCCACCACUACGCCCCAAGGAACAAAAUGUCCUGAAGUACCACCUUGUUCGCCACAAGCGCUGUGACCUCCCUUCUAGUUCACCACUAGAUACUCAUCUGCAAGCGAGAUGCGCUCAACACCUUCCAAGUCCUGUCCGCCGUCGCGAUUCUCGAUACUUGCCACCGAAUAAAACACCUUCCGAUCCAAGACUUACGAUUAUGCCACUCCGACGAAGGCUUAAAGCACGCUCUCAGUCCCCCCGAAAACGAUCGGCAUCCGGCUCUACUUCACCCAGGAGGGACGGUUCAGACAACGUGGACGAUGGGGAAUUCGACAACAUGCUUGCGCCUGCUAGCAUGAACAUAGACCUCGAAGAGGCUAAGAGAGUCAGGAACGAUUUUAGGUCCUCGUGUCUCAAUAGAGCCACUACUUGUGCCGUCUCUGGCGAAGGAGAGCCAUGGUGCCCAGGUCCGCCAAUCGGCCCUGGCGUACAGGCCUGCCAUAUCGUCCCUCCGCAACAUUACCAUCUCUACCCCAGCGCCAACACACACCACAUUGAUGACGAUACACCUGUGGAGGAUAGUCCGCGUCGCCUUCGAGAAGCAUGGCAAAACACAUGGAAUCCCAGGAACGCCAUUCUCUUGAUGAAGCAUCUUCACGAAUUUUUCGACGCACGACUCUUCUCUAUUCAUCCCCACACGCUCCGCAUUCGUGUGUUUGUACCAUACAACGCCCUUGCUAGAUUCAACGGUCAGAAGGCAUCGGUACCUGCGACGACCGAUCGGAAGGCACUCCGAUAUCACUAUGAGAUGUGCUGCAUCGAGAACAUGGCGGCUGAGAGGCCUAAUUUGGAUGCUGGCUCGCCUAGCACAAGCAGGAUAGCUACAUCUGGGACAGGCACGCCGUUUAGUGCAAGGACUGACCUCCCCGUGACACCAAGUUCGACAGGCACACAAAUGGAGGCUGGUAUUGGGAAGACGGGCGACCCAGCUAAGAGAUCGCGGUCAGCGCGGUCCGACCAAAAUCAGCCAAAAGAUGCGUCUGGACAAGACAACUUGGCGGAAGGAGUAGGAUCGGUGUUAUUAGAUGACGUGAGAGGGCGUAAACGCAGGCGAUUGGAUGACUGCCAGGUUCAUGACAAAACUUCUCCACAGCAUGACCGGUUUCACCAGGAUAUGCUGGAAAGUUAUAUCACGCCUCUCAACAAUCGCGAGUUCUUGGCAGAUGUGGAUUGGGAGUUGCAAAAGUUCCAGGCACGCCAGCUUUCUGCUCAGAGUUUCAAGGCAAGAACGGACCCUUAGUAUUAUACUAUCGCAUCGCGAAUCAAUAUUAUAGAGGUCUAAAUUAUCUAUUGUCAAGAAACUUAAUUAGCAAA